GAAGCUGGAGACUUGAGACUGGGCAUGGGAUGGGGGAUGUGGAUGCGGAUGGGCUCCAGCCCGAGCUCUGAAGGCCCCUGAGCCCCAGGUGGAGAGGUGGUCGGUAGCCCUGUGUAGUCCCCUGGGAGCAGAGGUACCUGGGGGAUGGAUUGGCACUGCACCAGGCAGGCCCGGGCAUCUGUCAUAGGGAAGAUGCUGCACCGGGCAGUGCGCACCAGGCAGGGAGGGCCCCACGCGGGGGCUGAGUGUCUGACCCCAGUGGGAUGACUAAGUUCGUCUUGGCUGUGAGCAGGCGAGGUGGGAGUGCGCCAAGUUAUGAAACGCUGAUUGCUCUGCUGGAGUGGAGCAUCUGGGGUCCUGCCUGGGGGCCGGAGGGGCGUGCCUGGUGCCUGAUAAAAGGGGCUGCCCAGCGCGGGGACCGCUUUCUCCGUGCCUUGCCUGCAGCACUCCUCGAGGGUGAGCAGCCUUCGGGGUGACAGGAGGGCUCCAGAGCGACUGCAGACAGACAGGCUUAAUCCUCCCACGUGGCGACGCUCGGGGUAGGAAGGGGACCGAGCCACAGCCUGAUUAUGGCCACGGCGGCGUGUGAACCUGUGGCUAGACCCAGCCUGACCUCCAUAUCAUCCGGGGAGCUCCGCAGCCUGUGGACGUGCGACUGCGAGCUGGCCCUGCUGCCCCUUUCACAGCUGCUCCGCCUACAACCUGGUGCCUUCCAGCUGCGUGGUGAGCAGCUCGUGGUGCCGGGGCCAGGGGAACCGGCGGGCUCGCGAGGGGGCUUCAACGUCUUCGGGGACGGCCUAGUGAGCUUCGAUGGGCAGCUCUACCGCCUCAGCAGCUACAUCAAGAGAUAUGUAGAACUGACCACCUACUCUGAUUAUAAAGACUACAGGGAAACAAUAUUGAGCAAGCCCAUGCUAUACUUUAUAAAUGUGCAGACCAAGAAGGACGUCUCAAAAGAAAGGACCUAUGCGUUUCUUGUGAACACAAGACACCCCAAGAUAAGAAGACAGAUAGAGCAAGGGAUGGACAUGGUCAUUUCCUCGGUGAUUGGAGAAAGCUACAGACUUCAGUUUGACUUCCAGGAAGUGGUGAAGAAUUUUUUCCCGCCAGGAACUAAAGUGCUAAAUGGAGAGAAUUUGAGCUUUGCCUAUGAGUUCAAGGCAGACGCCCUGUUUGAUUUCCUUUACUGGUUCGGGUUCAGCAAUUCCACCGUAAAAGUGCACGGAAAGGUUCUGAACUUGACAAGCAUGAACCCAGAAAAGAAAGAAACAAUUAAGCUAUUUCUGGAGAAAAUGAGUGAACCUCUAAUCCGAAGGAGUAGUUUCUCUGACCGGAAAUUUAGUGUCACAUCUAGAGGUUCAAUAGACGAUGUUUUUAACUGCAACCUGUCACCCAGAUCAUCGGUCACAGAGCCGCUUCUGGCAGAAUUAUCAUUCCCGAGUGUUCUGGAAUCUGAAGAGACAUCCAGCCACUUCAUCUGAUUGGUCUGAAUACUCUGUCUUCAUUUCACUGGAGCCUGUGGCAGCAGGUUGAAGGGGUGAGAGGAGGGAGGAGGUGGGCACUCCCAUCCCUUUGCCAAGCCCUGGUCCUCCAGGGCUCUCUAGAGGCCCCUUUUUUUCCCAUGUCCCUGGGUAUGGUGCUCUGGCUGGCCCAGUGCAGCUGCCUUCCAUCAGGGUUUUGAUGAUGGGAUGGAAGGGCUUUGUCCCCAUGGCACAGGGUGCCAUUGACAUUGAACACUUGUCUGAAGCAUCUGAGAAAUUCUCAGGGGCCUGCCACCCUGAACUUUGCUUAACACCCUGGCACUCUGGGGACAUUUCUGGCAACUUCUGUGGGAGGCACCUGAUUGGGAUGUUAACUCUGGUGCUUCAUGGAUUACAGAAUGGUACUCUGCUUGGGACACACCUUGAGGCUCACUGACCCAGCAAGCCUGGGGUUAAACGUUUCUCUUGCAAAUGUGUUAGGCAAAGCCUGUACCAUAUUUCAUUGGGAGACAAGUAUGGUUUUUUACAUCACCCAUGGGAAAUGCUGAGGACAUUCAAGCUACUGGCUGCUGAAGGAUCUGCAGGAUGCCAGGAUGAACCUUGCCUGGGAUGCAAAGCCACCGCACGGUGCAACAAUCAACCAGCGACAGGACCUGUCCUCUGCCCUGCAGGCACACCAUACAAGUGGGCAUUGGAAAUACGCUUUUAGCAGUCUUUAACAUGAGAAGAAAAGCCCAAGGAAAGUAGGCCACUGCCAAAGUACACCAGGCAUCAGCAUAUGUUCCACCUCACGGCUCCAACAGGAUUCAUUGAAAGGAAAAAAGUAUUCAGUCUACACCUAUUUGCUUAUGUGAGUGGCCAUGCCUGGUGCACACCUGUAAUCCCAGCACUUGGAAGCUGGAGGCAGUAGAUCAGGACUUCGAGAUCAUCCCGGCUAUAUAGGGAGUUCCAGGCCAACCUGGGCUAUUAAUGCCGACGAUGCUGUCUCAUAAAAACAAACACAAAGUUCUGCAUUUGCGGAUUCCUGCAAAUAAUCAUAAGAAGGCAGAUUUAUGGGCCCUGUGUAUCGUUUUUUCCUAUCCUUUAAUAACAUAUUCCCCUGCUACAUAUUUUGAUAAUACUACUGAUGGGUUGACAUUUGUAUCUGAAAUGUUAUGUCGUGCAUAUGCACGAUUAAAACUUCUUAGCACUCAACCUGUAAUUGAUUAAAUCCGUGGCCAAAAAGGUAUGGGACGGCCCCUGGAGGUCCGUGGAACCCGGUGGGUUUUCUUUAUAGUGUGCUAAAUGUCAGCACAAGCGUGGCUUUCAAAACCACUUCCUCAGGAAGACACUUAAAGAGAAGGAGUAUUUGGAGAAAGAAAAUGAAGUCUGUAUGGAGAAAAGAGGAGCUAAGUGCUCCUUCAUCACAGGAGGAUAUAUCUGUUAUUAAAUUCGGUAAAAAGAAAAAUAAUAGAGAGUCUGAACCAGCUCUCCACCAGUGGAAAUAAACCAGUGGUACGCAGAGCAAGAGUUAAACUCUUCCCCAAGGAAGUAAAAACUCCAGUCAUAAGACUGACAAUUUUCUUUUGAAACUGAAUUGAGAAAAUAACCAGUGGCACCCCCAGGAAUGGACUGGAGAUCUGGGGUGUUAAUUUCAUCAUUAAGAUUUCUUAGUUGUUGCUGCAGUCACUCACUCAGUUAUCACCCCCACCCCCAGAGUUUUACUAGCUGCCUGUCCAAAAGUGCACAAUGAGAGUGUAUUUUAUUGGCAAAUACUUCCAAGAAGUAAAAUUGGCAAAUCUAUAACUUGGUGAUAGCUCCUCCUGGAUGAGGGAGGCCGCAAGCUGGGCACACGUGUGGCCUGAUGUGGGCAACCUGUUCCCACCAAGGCUCAUGUUGAAACUUGAUCUUCAGGGUCAUCUCUUCUUGAAUUUUUAUCAGUAUAU